UUCAAGAAUCAAUUGUUAAGGCGCGCAGCUUAUCGAUUGUUCUUGGACUAACUUUCCAAGACACUCUGACUAUCGAAACCGGGCAAGUAUCGAUAGCAAUCGCGCAGCGGAAAUCGGAAAAACGUGUGAAAAAGCAAUAGCAAGCAAACAUGUCUGGACGCGAGGGCGGCAAGAAGAAGCCUUUGAAGGCGCCAAAGAAGGACUCCAAGGACAUGGACGAGGACGAUGUGGCUUUCAAGCAGAAGCAGAAGGAGCAGCAGAAGGCUUUGGAUGCGGCCAAGGCGAAUGCCUCCAAAAAGGGGCCUCUUGUCGGCGGCGGGAUUAAAAAGUCGGGCAAGAAGUGAUGAUAUAGCCGCAGCCGCGCCCACAAUCUACUCCCCAAUCCAGAACCCACGGGAUGCAGCAUUUUAGCCGAAUCACACCCAUGUGGACCAAAAUUGAUCGUCUAGCCAGUUGGAAUUCACUUCUUUUUAUACUUACGCUUACCAUUAAAUAGAGCAUUGUACGUCAGGAAUAAGA